AUGGUUGUAUUCAGUACAUUCCAAUCUCAUCCAAAUGAUCCUAUUUAUCUCAUUAUUUCGGGUUCGUUGGCUAAAGAAGUCGUUCCAAUAAUCUAUGAAUUUUCAAAUCUUGUACAGAUCUUUCUUUUUUGCGGAUCAGUUUCUGCUUAUUCAGAAUGGGGUAUGGAUUAUUGUGAUAAAAUGAUGAUAUUUGAUCAUGGAGAUGAUCUUUUAGAACGAUUAUGGAAUGAUUUACAAAACAAGUUACGAGAAUAUGCGACACUAUGUUUAAAACGUGCAGAGGAGUACAAACAACGAGCAUUACAGUAUAAAAAGUCAUGCGGUUAA